GGGAGGAGAAGAACAAGAACCCAAAAUAAAAAAAUAAAAAAAAAAUUCUCUUUAUAGUUUAGGGAUUAGCUUCUCACUCGUCGUCUAUGUUUUAAUUCAAUUGGAAAUUGAAUUUGUUUUUAAUUUAGGGAUCAAAAAGUGUGAGUUUUUUUUGGUUUAGUUUGAGUUGGAGUUUUGAGCUGAUUUUUGAAUAGAGUGGUGGAGUUGGAUCUGGAGGUUGGUGAAUUUAAGUGGGAAAAAUUGAAUUGGAGUUGGGAAUUUUAAAUUUGGGGAGAAAUUGAAUUUUUUUAGUUUUGGAGGGUAAGAUUGUGUAAAGAAGAUUAGAUUAGGGGGAGUUAAUUUAAUUUUGAAAAUUGAAAUUGGAUGGGAGAAGGCGAGGGAAAUGAAUUCCCUCCAAAAAAGGUGUCGCCGGAGAAUUCAGAUUUUCCGAACAAGAAGCUAGCACGGCAGCUCGAUUUCACUAGUAAACCUCAGAAUAACACAGUUAAUAAUAGCAAUGCUAAUGCUGUUCUUCCUGACCACCCUCAACCGCCGCGGCCGGCUGUGACUGUGCCGCUGCUUCAGAAGCCGGUUGCUUCUACUUCACAAAGCCAGCUUCAGCAGCUGCAACCCCAGGUUGGAGCUAAAUCAUCAGAACCGCCGCCGCAGCCAGCCAGCUCUCUUAAUCCAGAUUCCCCAAAAUCGAAGGCGAGAGCGAAUGCUGAUUUGAAAGACGGUACUCCGAAGAGGCAGAAACAGUGUAAUUGUAGACACUCGCGGUGCUUGAAGCUGUAUUGUGAAUGCUUUGCAUCUGGAAUAUAUUGUGAUGGGUGCAAUUGUGUAAAUUGUUAUAACAAUGUUGAAAAUGAAGCUUCUAGGCGAGAAGCUAUUGAAGCCACUUUAGAGCGGAAUCCAAAUGCAUUCAGGCCAAAAAUUGCGAGCAGUCCGCAUGGAACACGAGAUACUCAGGAGGAAAAUGGGGAAGGAUUGAUUUUGGGAAAGCACAACAAGGGAUGUCAUUGCAAGAAAUCUGGGUGUCUUAAGAAGUACUGUGAGUGUUUCCAGGCCAACAUUUUGUGCUCUGACAAUUGCAAAUGCAUGGACUGCAAGAAUUUUGAAGGAAGUGAAGAGAGACAGGCUCUUUUUCAUGGGGAACAUGCCAACAACAUGGCAUACCUUCAACAGGCUGCUAAUGCUGCAAUAACUGGAGCAAUUGGAUCUUCUGGCUAUGCCUCGCCUCCGAUACCCAAGAAGAGGAAAAGUCAGGAGCUUUUAUUUGGGUCAACAUCCAAGGAUGCGCCCUUUAACAGGCUUGGACAUUAUCAACAGGCAAUGCAUAUGAGACCUUCUGCGCCUUCCUCUUCCUUAUCCUCCAAUCCUGUUGCUCGUCCUAGUAGCAUUGCAACAAUGGGCCCUUCAAAAUUCACAUACAGGUCUCUCCUAGCAGACAUUAUCCAACCACAGGAUUUAAAAGAACUUUGCUCCGUUUUGGUGGUUUUGUCAGGAGAAGCUGCCAAGACGCUUGCAGACCAAAGAAAUGAAACAGAAAAGCGGGUAGAGGAUCAGACAGAGACUUCUCUUGCUUCAUCAACUCAAGAAAUAUUGCAGAGCCAGAAAGUAGCCGAGGCUGAAAAAAAUACUGCACAUGAUUGUUCAAGUGCAAACCGGGCUGAUAAAGCCGGCAAUGAAGUUUCCAGCUCAGAUGGCGCUGAUGUGCCAAAAGAAAGGCCAAUGUCUCCUGGAACUUUGGCAUUGAUGUGUGAUGAAGAAGAUACAAUGUUUAUGGCAGCAGCUUCCCCAAAUCGAUUAACAGGGCAUGGCUGUACCACUGCUUCACAGCUUCCCUGUGGACAGGGAAUGACAGAAAUUUAUGCAGAGCAAGAGAGGAUUGUGUUAACUAAAUUUAGAGAUUGCCUAAAUAGGCUCAUCACAUUUGGAGAAAUAAAAGAAACAAAAUGUUCAUCAUUUGCUAAAACUGAAUUGGGGAAUCAAAAAGAUCCAAUCAGCAAUGGCACGGUAAAUGCAAGAGCUGAAGUGCGGAAUCAACAGGGAUCUUAUAUCAAUGGCGUCGCAAAACACAUUAUUCCACCUACGUUAAAGUCAUCUCAGAUGGUUCCUUCUGUGGCUGCUACCUCCAGUAAUAAUCUUCCGAAAACUCCAGCACUAUCACAAAACGGUGAAAACAAACCGAAAACUUGAAAAACCAUAUAAAAGAGAUUCUCGCUCUGACGUCUAAGGUAUGGUUUUCAAAUUUGGUCAUACCAGAUCAAUGUUCAUUACGGGGUUGUCCCCAAUGCAACAUUAAAGCGGCUUUCAGCCCUGUUGUGGGAACUGGUCGAGAUCUGAUUCAUCUCUCACGUAUUUAGUAUAACAUAGCAGUGUUUCGACUUCAGCCAUAAUUCGAGGCCAACUGGUGUAAAUUGCAGAGCCUUAGACUUGCACAGGAUAUCAUUUAUAUUAUCACAUGGCAAUGGCCAUCAUAGAAUGUAACUUAACACUGAUAGAAUCAAAGAGUAAGCUUAUGAUUUUUCAUUGAAUAUGAAAACCGACAGUUUGAUCCAA